AUGUUGGCGUUUUUCCAGCGUAUUCUCGAUUGGAUUCGAAGUCUUUUUUGGAAGGAGGAAAUGGAACUAACAUUGGUUGGUCUUCAGUACUCGGGAAAGACCACUUUUGUUAAUGUAAUUGCUUCCGGGAAGUUUGAUGAAGAUAUGAUACCUACUGUUGGUUUCAAUUUGCGCAAGGUUACUAAGGGGAAUGUCACUAUAAAGAUGUGGGAUAUCGGUGGUCAACCUCGUUUCAGGAGUAUGUGGGAACGGUAUUGCCGGGGAGUCAAUGCGAUUAUUUAUAUGGUAGAUGCUGCUGAUCAUGAGAAACUAGAAGCUUCGCGCAACGAGCUUCAUGGUUUGCUUGACAAACCCCAGUUACUUGGCAUCCCUGUUCUGGUGUUGGGAAACAAAAAGGACUUGCCAAAUGCUCUUGCGGAACAUGAGCUAAUUACAGCUCUCAAUUUGGGGGCCAUUACUGACCGUGAGAUAUGUUGUUACUCUAUCUCAUGCAAAGAACAAGAAAAUAUAGACAUCACACUCCAAUGGCUAAUUAAACAUUCUAAAUCUAACCGAUAAAAGUAGUGGAUUUGAAAUAAUACAUUUCUCCGAUUGAUAAUAAUCUCUAAUUCACCCAAUGAAUAAGUUAAAAUACCAUCUCUGGCUGGAUAUUAAACAUUAUGGACAGUCCGAGUUAAUUUUUGAUUUACACGUUAUUUUUCUCAUAUAUUGGUCAUUAUGCGAAGAUUUAAUUAAAUUCCAUCUGUAAUCCCGAUAUACCUUCGUAACCACUCACAGGAGAAUUGAAAUAAAAAAUCUCAUCUUAUUUCAUUGUGUAAUAAAUUUCUUUACGGGAAUAAACUGUUACAUACACAAUCAUUUUCAUAUUCACAUUCCUUAUAUUUACUUCAUUAUAAACUUGAACUAAACAAAAAUAUUUCUGUUAUCUCACUUCAUUGAAAAUGUGUAUGACUGCUAUUUGCUUAUUAUUUUUGUAUGCUUUAGUUGGAAAAUGAUCAAUGUGUAGUAGUAGUAUCUUGUUUCUUGCUUCAUCUCUAAUUAUUUAAACUCGGUAGUGGAUAAAAACGAAGUGAUUACUAUUCGUUGUUUCGUUGCUUUUCCAUUGAACUAGUGCCGCAUUUGCUUUUUCCCUAAAUACCUAAUUUUCGUUUUACUUUAUUCGUGUUUUUACUUCACUAACUCUUUCAAAUUAACCUUCCACUUUUUGAAUAUAGUCGGUUUGUUUUUGUCUCUUUUUUGGUCAGUCAGUUUUAAUUACAGUAAACCAAACACUAAGCUUCACUGAAUGUAAUAGUUAUUUUUUUAGGGAUGCUAGUAUUCUCUAUUUUCUAUGCAUAAUAUACAUUAAAGCCACAAAAUCAACAGAUAUAAUGUACUCUAAUAAUUUUUUGUCUUAUUAGUCAUGUUGGUGACAAUUUAUUUUCGUUAUAGAUUAAAUCUGAUGCUAAUCUCCUUUUUGGUCUAUAGUUAGUUCAUAUAUUUUUCUGCAUCC